GCUGCACUGUGAGCUACUGCAGCUCACGGAAGAAAGCAAAGUUGUCUCCAUGUAACAAAACGUCUCAGUGAAGUAAAACCGGGAGGGUCAAACAGGAAAGUUCCUGAAAUGGGCAAUUUUGUGGAAAACGGUGCUCGACAAAAACAUUACCAGAUUCAGAAGGGUAUUGUUCACAUCUGGCUUUUCACUCUACUUCUUGAACUGGCAGUUUGGGAAGGAGUUCAGAGCUGGAACUAUAGCUAUUCAACAACAGAUAUGACAUGGCCCGAUGCCAGAAACUACUGUCAACAUUUCUUCACUGACCUCGUUGCAAUUCAGAACCAUGAAGAAAUUGACCAUCUGAAUACAGUGAUACCGAGGAACCCGACUUACUACUGGAUUGGAAUAAGAAAGAUUAAUAAUGCUUGGACUUGGGUUGGAACGAACAAAACACUGGAUGAAGAGGCAGAAAACUGGGCUGCAGGUGAACCAACUCCUGGUGCUGAAGAUUGUGUCGAAAUUUAUAUAAAGAGAACAGAAGAUGCAGGAAGGUGGAAUAAUGAUCCCUGUCUGGAAAGAUCAAAACGAGCCCUAUGCUAUUUAGCUUCUUGCAAGUCAAAUUCAUGCAGUGGUCAUGGACAAUGUGUGGAAACUAUUGGAAGUUAUACAUGUCAAUGUUAUGAAGGAUUCUAUGGACCAAAGUGUCAAUCUGCUGUGAAAUGUGAAAUUCCAAAGAUCCCUAGAAAUGGGACCAGCACAUGCUCCCAUCCAAUUGGAAACUUCAGCUAUCGAUCAAGUUGUGACUUUGGAUGUGUGGAAGGUUUCUUGUUGAAUGGGUCUGCGACUCUUCAGUGUGAGGCCUCGGGAACGUGGUCAUCAUCAUUCCCAACCUGUGAAGCUGUGAAAUGUGAAAUUCCAAAGAUCCCUAGAAAUGGGACCAGCACAUGUUCUCAUCCAAUUGGAAACUUCAGCUAUCGAUCAAAUUGUGACUUUGGAUGUGUGGAAGGUUUCUUGUUGAAUGGGUCAGCGACUCUUCAGUGUGAGGCCUCAGGAAUGUGGUCAUCAUCAUUCCCAACCUGUGAAGUUGAACAGUGUACCACUCUCAAUGUUCCUGACCAAGCGACUAUGAGCUGCACCCAUCCAAAUGGAAACUUCAGCUUCAACUCUACAUGUGACUUCCACUGUGCAGCAGGGUUUACACUGCAGGGCUCACAGAGGCUCCAGUGCAAUGCAACAGGAAUGUGGACAGUGAUAGCCCCCUACUGUGCAGGUACCCUGAAGGAAUAUAAUUCAACAAAACUUAUCAGCAUUUGUGUUGGUUCUUCAGUCUGCCUAAUUUCAGUGUUAAGUGCUGUCAUUCUCUGUCAAAAGAAAGUGAUGAGGAAAGGGUUUUCUCCUAUAAGCACUUAAAUAAACUGACCAACUCCAAGACUCAACCAGAAAAGAAAGGGAAUGUUCGAGGGCUGAGGCACUUACUUUCUUCACAAGAAUUGGAGGAUUUUGUCACAUGACUCACUAGAAAAUGCAAUAUGUAUUCAAGUUGAGAAUAAUACCACCUUUUAAAACAAUGGAGUGAGAUUCUGUUUAAAUGUGAAAGUGUAACGAUUAAAUUUCUGCUUAUUGUGAAGAGAGGCCAAAGUUUAUGUGUUCCACAUGAUCAGUCAUCACUGAGCAUUUCUGGAGAUCCUAGAAGCUGCCCUGUAUCUCAUUAAAGCUUCUUAAAAUGUGUAAAAUAUUGAUAAAGUUGAUUUCCUUUAUUCACUAAGUCAUUUGGGCUGAUAAAUGUGUAUGAAUGGGCGGUCAUGUUUUUAUUCUGCGUUAACAAAAUGCAAGUCGGUCUUUUUUGUUUUAGAAAUGCACACUCAUCUCAAGUCUGACUUUUGCCCAAGGUUUUAAUUCCGUAACCAAGGUAACCAACAACAGUAAUACAGAGCGGGAGAAAAGUCGAUGUCGUGGUAGCUGGUAGAAGGCUUAGCUUCCAGCAUCAUUAUUCAGGUCUUAAAACCUCACCACUUGGCCCUUCGACCUAAGUCCCCUGUGUCCCUUGCAUGCCCCCCGCCCCAUGCACCCCAUGAACUCCUCAUAUCCUAACAAUCACUUCAUUCUCCUUUACUCCAUGAUCCCUCAUUAUCUCCAUAUCUUUUCUAAUCCCCACUUCAAAUCCCCCAUGCCCUCCCCAUACUCACCAUAUAACCUCCAUAGCCACCUACCCAGUAUUCAUGAUGUACAAGCUCUCAGAACUCUGCAACAGCAAGAGUUGUAAUUAAGUGAUAAGAAUCCUUUAGCAAUCAUUUCACAUUCAAAUCUGUCAUUGACACUACAUCAUAAACAGUAAGCCAAUAGAACAUGUUCAAUUCCUGAAGUAUCUAAAACCAAAUAAGAUUUUAUACAGGAAGCAAGAGUGUGCAAUUGUAACUUUAUACUUUACACUGUCAAUCACUCCACUGUGUAUCAGGGUCAACAGAGCUGGAUUGUCUGUCAGAAUGUUCCAGGCUCUUCAAUAGAUUUUCCCAAAGGUCAUAAACUUUCCAAAUAGGCGUGCUUUUGAAGGUCUUCCAAAUAAUGAGCAAAACUAGAGUAGGAAAAGCAGUUCAAACAUUCCUGUAGUUGUCACAAUUAGGACCCCAGCUUCAGAAGAUUGCAUUUGAGCGUGCAUUUUUCUUACUCACAGCUUUCUCAGCCUGUGAAAAGUCCAUAUGGCACGAGCGUGGGGUUUGGCCAGGCAGAAAACAUGUUUUUCCAUCAGAAGAAACUUUGUUCAGAUUUCAUGGCCCAAUUCCAUCAAAGAUGAAAGUCUGGCCUGAGAGCUCAGCAGUGACAGCAAGAGCAUCCUUUGAUGGUGUAGCUACUAAAAGCAGCACACAGCUGAACUUCUCACAGCAGCAAGUUCCAGAGUCAAUUCCUGUUCUUGUGCUGAGACACUUAACCUCAGUUGGAGUGCAGUAUGACAAUGUCCUGACAAGAGUUGUAUCAGAGAGACUCUCUUUGUUAGCUUGCAAGGAAAGGUCAAGGGAAAGGGGAGAUUGGUUUGACAUUCUGAAGAGAAUUAGCAUGUUUUUCACAAUGUUAACAAGUUUCAGCAAUAAAAAGAAACUGAAACUGUGACACCUAAUGCCUUAAAAUAAAUUACAUGGGAAACAAUACUGUAAAGCCAUACAAAGAUUUCUAGGGGAAAAGAAAUUGAGGGAAGUUGUUGAGCACUUUGGAUUGAUCCUACAUUAUAUCAAUGACUGCACUUAAAAAAAAUUGCAUUGGUUGUAAAUUGCUUUGGGUUGUCCUGAUGUUAUGGAAGGUGUUAUAUGCAAGAUUUUCUUUUGUUCAGUUUGAUUUGUCAAAGAGGAAGGAGUUUUUACAGUUUUGGUGUCGCUAACAAUUUUCAAUGCAUUUUGACUGUACCCUUCCAAAUUUUACCUCUCAUUCUAUGACAUAAUAGCUAGCCAAGCAAAUGAUUCCAAAAUAAACAAGUUAAUGUUA